UCCGAUGAACUAAGAUUUUUUGGGCGGCGGAUGACGGGUAUAAAUUGGCCGGUGCUUCGGUUACCGGUCCUCUUUUCUGCCUCCUGUCCAAGAUGACCAAAAAGAGAAGGAACAACGGCCGCGCCAAGAAGGGACGUGGGCACGUCCAGCCCAUCCGCUGCACCAACUGUGCCCGAUGUGUCCCUAAGGACAAAGCCAUCAAGAAAUUCGUCAUAAGGAACAUCGUUGAGGCAGCCGCCGUUAGGGAUAUCUCCGAGGCCAGUGUGUUUGACUCCUACGCUCUGCCCAAGCUCUACGUGAAGCUGCAUUACUGCGUCAGCUGCGCCAUCCACAGCAAAGUGGUGAGGAACCGCUCCCGCGAGGCCAGGAAGGACCGCACCCCGCCGCCCCGCUUCAGGCCCAGCGGUGGGGCCCCAAGAGCUCCUCCAAAGCCCAUGUGAUGUGGACCACCUUGGAGAUCAUGUACAUUUGUGUGCACAAAAACGCAAAUAAAAGUCACUGAAACCUGGAA